CGAAAUUUUUACUGAGUCGCUCUGUUGACAGUAUACGAUUGUGGCGUGCCGCUAGAGCGCGUAUAUUCGGUCCAGUUGAUCUGCUGGGGAUGAGUGAACCUCAUUAUGCAGAUCUAGUGUUUGAACGACACUGUAACUAUUGUGCGUCAGACGUAGAGUCAGAGAUCGUGUGGCGAGCCUUUAAGCGCGCGUGCAGAGCUUGCAUGCAGAAUCUUCAUGUAGAUUUCACGACCUUACUCACCCACGACAAAACUUCUGCACUUCGUCAACUAGUGGAAAAUAGAACCCAGCUUCCCUUUAUGGGAAGCCGAUGGGUCCCAUUCAAAGCUGACGUCCAAGGCUUUUACGGGUAUUUCUUGCCUGAUAUGGUACAAUACGCCCGCGAAUAUGAUUCUUUGGGCGGGGACAAACAAGCUAUUCGCCGCUGGGUACGCAAGACUACUCAAGAAUAUGACCAGCGCCAGCGACUAGUUCGCAUGGCCCGCGGCUGGUUCUUCGAUCAAGAAGAAGCGCGAAAGGCUUCCCAGACAAGGAAAAUAAUCGAAGAACGUAUCCUUCACGUGUAUGAAAGGCUGAUUUCACUCGGCUGGCAGGACGAGCUCGGUUUGAUGCGCACUGACUCCAUAGAGAGGCACACGCUAGUAAACAGGCCAAAUGAACUUACCGAUGAAGAGUGGUCUACCAUGGAGCCUGUUCUUGUUGCGCUUCUCCAACGGCAUAGAGACGAGCGUUUGGUCUCUGAACGUUUUAGCGUGGUCCGAUUUAUCUUGACAGACACUCUGAAAAGAUAUCUUAUCACGAAAUUAGCGACUUUGGCGCCUGAUUGGGUAACCCUCGCGUCUACAGACGAAUUCAGAAGGAUUGUUUCCGCACCUCUCGAUGUGCGGCUGACGGACAACAAUUUUGCUCCAGCGAUUGCUAGACUUCCGGAGAUAAUUUCUCGUUGGAAAUCACAACAAAAAGCAAAUUAUUUGGGUAUGCUCCGACAGACGACGCAAGAAAAGGUUGGAGGCUCAGAUCUUUAUCUGGUCACGAGCACUUUCCAGUGUCAGGCGUGUAGACAGCCAGUCAUGUAUCCGAAGGCCCUUGUUCACGAAUGUAUCGAAAUGUCAAAUCGCAGGUCGCAAUGUCCUUCUUGGGGACAAGAUUUCCCGUGGCUUAACCCACCGUCCUGGAUUCGUUUUGACCCCAAAGCAUCUGAUGCUGCGCGGUCUAUGGUGACUGCUUGUGGGUUUGACCCCUCGGUCGCCACUUACACGCAGAUGAAUCUCCUACAUCCAUUAUUGGAAUGCCUUGGUAUCCACAAUGCCGACAUAAGACCAAUUAUGCGGUGGCAGCAAAUGCUCGUACACGCUACUCAUCAUGUGAAGGCGGCGCAAGGAUUUCGUUUGGUCGAGGGUGAUGACAAGGAUGAAGCCGAAAGACUUGAAAGCCUGUUGGACUUCGACUGGCAUGAAUUCUACAGGGAAGAAGCAGUGAACUACUUCGAGUGCCUUAUUUGCUCUGCAGUAUGCGAAUCGCCGAUGCUUAGAGGGCAUAUGAAGACAGUCCAUCCAGGCUGUACUGUAGCCGAAAUGGCAUCGAGAAGUGUCCAUGUCGCGGACGCUUCCUUUCCCGUUCCAUAUAUCACCCUUCCGCGUACGGUUCCUAGGGGCAGGCGUCGACGGGGCGGUUGAGCACGAUUUAGAGAUUCAUCGUAAAAAGUGCUUACUAUGCUCACUGUGUAAAAUACAGAUAGUUCUUUGUCAACCUUGUUACACGGGACCAUCUUUCUGCUUCCCGCUGAGCGAUCCGCGGCACCUGACUCC